CAUCAGGCGGUUUCGUUGACAGCUGCUGUUGAUGUUUCUGUGGUUUGCCAGCUGGGCGUGUUUUUAAUAUUUUGAUAAAUUUAAAUUGUUUCUCAACAUAAUUGUUUAAACGCAAACUUAAUUUUUUAAAUGAUCAACAGCAAAAGUGCAUAGUUUACACUCUUUCCAUACUAAUUUGAACGCAUAUACUUCGUAACGUCAUGGCCGUUUUGCCGCCUGAUCCAGUCUUUACACUGCGCUGCCCGGAGAUGGGUCCAGUGAAUUCCUUAUGCUUUCAUCACUGCGAUCGCUUGCUGGCCGGCACGCUGAAGGGUAGCGUUUUCUUGUGGGAUUUGCAGACAAAUCGCUCGCCAUUGCAUUUUGAGGUUGGCCAACAGCCGAUCACUAGUCUUCAUCACACCGACGACACAUUGAUUACGCAGGAAAAGGGUGGCACAGUCACCUUGUGGUCAAUGUCGAACAGUGGCUAUGUACGUGAACGCACCAUCCAAGGCAAUUUCGCCGCCUUCUGCCAUACUGCGUUGUAUACACCGCCUGAGGGUAGCGGCGAGCCGCUACUCUUCUAUCCCUGCGAUGAAAAUUCGAUUGGUGUGCUGCAUGUCAAUGACGAUGUGGCCGCGCCAUCACAAAUGCUUGUGCCAAACGAUCCACAAUUGCCGAAAUUGGGGAACGUAGCCUGUUUCAAACCAUUCGAAAGCGCUUCACAGUUAUUCCUGCUUGCCGGCUAUGAAUCCGGGCAUUUUCUCACAUGGGAUUUAAGUUCAGGCGUUAUUAUAGAUUUGAUACAAUUGGAUGCCGAACCGAUGGCAUUCGAUUACGAUCCACAAACGAAUCGCGGCAUUGUUGGAGGACCAAGUGAAAAACUCACCGCCUUUACGUAUAAACGACAAUCGAUGCAAUUGAAAAGAGCCAACGACAUUGCUAUAAAAAAUGCCGGCGUUAACUGCAUACGCAUACGAGAUGAUCGGAAGGUAUUUGCCAGCGGCGGUUGGGAUGGACGUGUGCGCAUCUUCUCUUGGCAGAGUUUGCGCCCACUUGCGGUAUUGACUGAACAUAAGACUGCUGCGGGUGGCGGCAUUAUGGAUAUUGCCUAUUCAGAAGGCAAAGUCUCGAUGUGGAAUGCGCGCAUUAUGGCGUCCGCAGGCACCGAUGGACAAAUUUCUCUCUGGGAUUUAUACAACUGAACGAAGGAAAAUAAUGGAAAAAAAAAGAAAAUUUCUCAAGGCCAUUAGACCCACAGACGACGUAGACGUUUUACAACCUUUGCACACACAUUUUCAUGCUGCUAGUACUUACUGUCCAUAUUUUUAAAGUCAAACUUAUUUCACACAAAAGCUUAAAACACCAUUAAGUAGCCACUAAUGUUACGGGUAAAUAUUUGCAACAAGAUAUUACUCGAAGUGAGGGAAAUUAUUCCAAUUAUAUUAAAUACUGUCCAUAUAGUUUAUUUGAAAUAUAAAAGUAGAAAAGAAAACAAAUUGUUGUUGGAUAAAAAGCAAUAAUAUGCCAUGGUCCAGUGGGGCGGAGACUUCAAUGACAAGCAUAAGGGACCAGUAAGUAGUGUAGGGUAAGGCUUAAAGCGGUAACAAUUAUACUUAUUAUACUUCAAGAUUAUUCAUUUUACUACUGAACUUUCAAUGAAGUAUGUACUAUGAGUAAAAUAAAGAAAACAACAAAUCA